GAACCUAUCAAGCCAAAUAACACUCCCAAAAUAUGCAGUUCUUCAACUUCUUCUCCCUUUUCCUUUUUGUAUUUUUCUUCUUUUUGUUAAACAAAUGGAGGAAUUUCAAUAGCCAAUCCAAAAGAUUGCCUCCAGGUCCAUGGAAAUUACCUAUACUUGGAAGCAUAUUUCAUUUGCUAGGUGGACAUCCACAUCAUGUCCUUAGGGACUUAGCUAAAAAAUAUGGGCCACUUAUGCAUCUUCAACUAGGUGAAGUUUCUGCAGUGGUAGUUUCUUCUCCUGAGAUGGCAAAACAAGUACUAAAAACUCAUGACAUUACUUUUGCAUCUAGGCCCAUGCUUUCAGCUGCCGAGAUUCUCUUUUAUAAUGGGACUGAUAUUGUCUUUUCCCCAUAUGGCGAUUACUGGAGACAAAUUCGUAAAAUUUGUAUUUUGGAAUUGCUUAGUGCCAAAAAUGUUAAAUCAUUCAGCAAUAUUAGACACGAUGAAGUUCUUCGUAUGAUUGAAUUUUUUCGAUCAUCUUCUGGUGAGUCAGUUAAUGUAACAAAAAAGAUGUACCAAUUCGCUAGCUCUAUGACCUGUAGAUCAGCAUUUGGGAAAGUAUUGAAAGAGCAAGACGAACUUAUACAACUGCUUAACGAAGCAUCACUCUUAGCAGAAGGGUUUAAUGUGGCUGAUAUAUUUCCAUCACUAAAAUUUCUUCACGUGUUAAGUGGAAUAAAGGGUAAAAGUAUGAAAGUUCACCAUGGGUUAGAUGCCAUUUUUGAAAACGUCAUCAAUGAACACAAGAACAAUGGUGAGUUAGGAGGUGAAGGUUUAAUUGCCGCACUGCUAAGAUUAAAGAAAGAAGGAGGUUUUCAAUUUCCAAUCACCAACGACAACAUCAAAGCUAUUAUUUUUGACAUGUUUGCUGCGGGAACAGAAACUUCAUCAACAACACUUGAUUGGGCCAUGGUGGAAAUGAUGAGGAAUCCAAAUGUACUCUUAAAAGCUCAAGCAGAAGUAAGAAACGCCUUCAGAGAAAAAGAAACUAUUAAUGAAAAUGACAUCGAAGAAUUGAAAUACCUAAAGUUGGUCAUCAAAGAAACUUUCAGACUCCAUCCUCCAUUACCCCUUUUGCUCCCAAGAGAAUGUAGGGAGGAAAUAGACAUAAAUGGCUAUACUAUUCCUUUGAAAACAAAAGUUAUUGUUAAUGCAUGGGCUAUUGGAAGAGAUCCAAAAUAUUGGGAUGACGUAGAAAGUUUUAAACCCGAGAGAUUUGAGUUCAACUCUGUAGAUUUUAUUGGUAAUAGCUUUGAACUACUUCCCUUCGGUAGUGGAAGGAGGAUCUGCCCUGGGAUAUCUUUUGGUAUAGCUAAUGUUUUUUUCCCACUAGCUCAAUUGUUGUAUCACUUAGAUUGGAAGCUUCCUACAGGAAUCAAUCCAAGUGAUUUGGACAUGACUGAGUCUGCUGGAGCAGCUUGUGCUAGAAAGAGUAACCUAUACUUGAUCGCGACUCCUCAUCAACCUUGUCUAGAGUAAUGUCAUGGAAUCAAACUACUUUUAUUUUUCAAUAAAGGACUUUGCUUUUGAAUUUCUUUGUCAAGCCAUAACUAUUGUACUUUCAUUUUCGAUUUUACCUUGAAUAAAUAUAUCUUUAUCAUA